AUGCGGCUUGCUCCCUUCCUCCUUUCCCUGUUGGUUGGCAUUCCAUCCAUCACCGUGGCCGUUCCGAUCGUCGACACCAACCCCGCCGUUGAGGCCCUCGAGAUGGCUGCUAUGCCUUACUUCGAGCUUCUCCAGCUGCCUAUGGACUUCGAUAUGAGCAACCCGGCGCUCAACAUCACCUAUCUGCUGGAGUUGAAGGCCAAGGACCCCAAUGCCGAGCUUCCGCAGCUUCCUGCCGACCUCCCCAUCAUCUCGGUCCCGAACCGCCUGAAGGAUGGCAACGACUUCGGCAGUGCCGUUGAGGACAAGAUCGUCUGCGAAACCGACAAGCGCGCCUCCCCUUUCCACGAGUACGUCUGGAAGAAUGCCAAGGCCCUCAAGGACAUCGGUAACAGCUGGUGCUGCCAGUCAUCGCUAACCGCUCCCUGCACCAAGAUGACCAGCUUCGCCAAUGCUGCCACUGACAUCUGUGGCGCGAGGGGCUCUUGCGUUCGCUGCAACUGGGCGGGCAAUGCCAACUACCUGAUUGCAUUCGGCUGUCUCGGCGGUGGUCCCCCGGCGAUCAACAACAUCUGGUGUGGUGGAUAUGUUCGUAAAACCAUCUCGACCUUCAAUCCUUACACUGUUGAUGUCAACGUUUAUACUUUGAAGAACAAGAAGUAA